GGCAGUGACAGUCCAAGACUCACCGCCCGACCCUUCCUCCCCCUAUCACCGAAAGGCAUCAGGACUCCUUACGCGUCUUCGUACGUGUCAGCCACUGCUUACGAUGCGAAUGGCUUCCUUUCCACGUUAUUCUAGUAAACUCUAUCCAUGAGUAGCUUUUGACUGUAAUUUUCUUCGAUACCCCGUCACUCGUUGACCUUCUGCUGGUUUUUCUUCAUUUCCUUCUUUGCGACGAUUGAGGGUCUUGCCAAACUCCUCCUCCGCAUUUGCAUUUACGACUACACAACGACUACACGACGACACACAACCAUACACGUCGACACACAACCAUACACGUCGACAAUAUGGCGCCAGAACACGAUGCUCUCAUUCUAUCAUUCUCUCACUUGCCGGAUUUUCCGCGCGCCCCUGAUGCUCUCCAAACGCUGAAGAAGGUGGCCUCCUUGGUCAAGCCCAUCAUGCGAGUUAGAGGGUGGAAGGUGGGAGAACUAGCCGAGUUCUACCCAGAACAAGCAAACCUUCUUGGUCUCAAUAUCAAUAGAGGCCAAAGAAUUCUCGUCCGCUUACGUUAUCCCAACGACCGAUCACUCUUCCUACCUAUCGAGCAUGUUGUCGACACAAUGCUCCACGAACUUUCCCACAUUAUAUUUGGACCACACGAUGGCAAUUUCCACGCAUUGUGGAACCAGCUUCGAGACGAACACGAGUCGCUCAUUCGAAAGGGAUACACGGGUGAAGGAUUUCUAUCCGAUGGACAUCGCCUGGGAGGCGGCCGAAUACCUAUGCAUGAAGCUCGACGACUUGCUAGAGCGUCAGCCGAAAAGCGUCGCACUUUGACUAAGGGGUCGGGCCAGCGUCUUGGUGGCUCUGGACCUAGCAUCGGGUCUGAUAUUCGGCGAACCAUUAUGGGCGCAGUUGAGCGCAGAAAUAGUACGCUGCAAGGAUGUGGUAACACGAAUCACAAUGACAGAGAGAUCCAACAAAUCUCCGAGACAGCUACAAAGAACGGCUUCCGUACGCAAGCCGAGGAAGAUGCGGCCAACGAAGCUGCGAUAGCGCAAGCUCUCUGGGAACUGGUGCAAGAAGAAGAGCGUCAGCGGUAUGGUGGCUAUUUUAUCCCACCCACAGCGCAAAAUCCUACUGGAAACGGGGGAGGGUCCACUUGGCCACCUGUUGUGUCUGCACCGGUGCCCCAACCGGCUCCGCAACGGGGCUGGACAUGCGGAGUCUGUACCCUCCAUAAUCCUGCGAGUUUCUUGUGCUGCGAUGCGUGCGGCACAGAACGAGGUCAGGACCCUCAGCGUCAAGUGUGGACACCAAAUGCCGAAAAGCGCGAGCGCGAACGUCAACGGGCAGCAAUGGCAGUAACGGCGGAAAGCACGACCCAGCCUGCCACCAUCGAUCUCACAGGCAGUCCACCCAGAGCCAGUAGCAGCAGGAAUACUGGCAGCAACAUUCAACGCCCCGAGCCAGUGAAACCACUAACCUGGCAAUGUUCGUAUUGUGGGACGAUGAUGGAAAGGCAGUGGUGGACGUGUUCGACAUGUGGAGUGAUGAAAGACAAUUCACUUUGA